GACCUGGACUCCCGCGCACGACCGGGGCUUCCCGGGCAGUCGCGUCCCGCCGGGCGGAGCCGGGCUCUGUCCCCACCGAGGGCUCCUGGGACGCGGGCUGCGCCCCCAUGGCCGAGCCCGCGGGGAACCUGAGCGCGGCGCCCGACCCCGGGUGGCCGGCCCUGGCCGCGCCGAGGAACCUGUCCGCCUCCCCGGCCCCGAGCUGGGCGCCCCCGCCGCGCGCCGGCCCCGCGCACCCGUUCCUGCAGCCGCCCUGGCGCGUGGCGCUUUGGUCGCUGGCCUACGGCGCCGUGGUGGCCGUGGCCGUGCUCGGGAACCUCGUGGUGAUCUGGAUCGUGCUGGCGCACAAGCGCAUGCGGACCGUCACCAACUCCUUCCUCGUGAACCUCGCCUUCGCCGACGCCGCCAUGGCCGCGCUCAACGCGCUCUUCAACUUCAUCUACGCGCUGCACGGAGAGUGGUACUUCGGCGCCAACUACUGCCGCUUCCAGAACUUCUUCCCCAUCACCGCCGUGUUCGCCAGCAUCUACUCCAUGACGGCCAUCGCGGUGGACAGGUACAUGGCCAUUAUUGAUCCCUUGAAACCCAGACUCUCUGCCACAGCCACCAGGAUCAUCAUUGGAAGUAUCUGGAUUCUGGCAUUUCUACUUGCUUUUCCUCAGUGUCUGUAUUCCAAAAUCAAAGUCAUGCCAGGCCGUACCCUUUGCUAUGUGCAGUGGCCAGAGGGUCCAAAGCAACAUUUCACGUACCACAUCAUCGUCAUCAUCCUGGUGUACUGCUUCCCGCUGCUCAUCAUGGGCGUCACCUACACCAUUGUUGGGCUCACACUCUGGGGCGGGGACAUCCCGGGGGACACCUGCAACAAGUACCAGGAGCAGCUGAAGGCCAAGCGAAAGGUUGUAAAAAUGAUGAUUAUUGUUGUGGUGACCUUUGCCAUCUGCUGGCUCCCCUAUCACAUUUACUUCAUCCUCACCGCAAUCUAUCAGCAGCUGAACAGGUGGAAAUACAUCCAGCAGGUUUACCUGGCUAGCUUCUGGCUGGCCAUGAGCUCGACCAUGUACAACCCCAUCAUCUACUGCUGUCUAAAUAAGAGAUUUCGCGCUGGCUUCAAGCAGGCCUUCCGCUGGUGCCCUUUCAUCCACGUCUCCAGCUACGACGAACUGGAGCUGAAGGCCACCAGGUUCCACCCGACGCGACAGAGCAGCCUGUACACGGUGACCAGGAUGGAGUCCAUGAGCGUGGUGUUCGACCCCAGCAACGGGGAUAGCGCCAGGUCCAGUCGCCAGAAUAGAGCGACGGCCAGAGGUGCGGACUCGGGGGUCUGCUCCCGCAGGAACUCCAAGUCCACCUCCACCGCCGCCAGCUUCGUGAGCUCCGCGUACACCUCGGUGGAUGAGGGAUUCUGACUGCUUGCUGGGGUCAGGGUCGCUGCGGGUGCCCCUUCUCCUGACACCUCUGCUGUCUCACACUCUCUGGAAGCAGAAGGACAAUUUUUAGGCAGCUGUGCUUAAAUUGAGACAGACUGCACAUAAAUAUAACAAAGAUGCUACUGAAAUAUUAGCUCCCUCACCACCACCCCCAAACACAGCAAAAUGGGCUUUAAGUGUAUCCCUUGAAAACUCGGAAUCAUAUGCCAAGCAAGAAUAUGUAUCUGAAAAAUAUUUGUAAAGGUUUCAGUUUUGCUCUUUUAAAAAUUGCCGUGUACAUUUGUGACACUAAAAUGACAUAGUUUUUUUCCAAAACAUUUAAGUUUAAAAUAUAAUAGUGAAGAUAAACCAAGACUGAAUAAAAUGAAAUGUUUUCAACUACAGACAUAGAAUGGAAAAGUUAAAUGACUCAUUUUCCUACAGUCGUGAUGGAAAAUUAACCUCAAAAACUUAGAAGCAAUGGAAUCUCAAGAAAACUCAUUUUGUACCAACUUUUAAAGACAUUCAAAUGAAAAGGAAACUUAAUCAAAUCACUAGGUUUAUCUACAUGUCUUUCUCUUAUUUUGUCUGAGAAAGUCAUUUCAAAAGAAAAAAAUUACAUGUAAUUUUGAUCAUUAUAUAUUUUAAAUGCCAAGUUAAGUUGUAGUCAAAUUUAAGACCUUAAAGGAACAAACAAAACUCCUAUGAUCCUCUUUAUUUUAUUUUUCACAGACUCUUGUUCUAAUUAGGUAGGUUGUAAGAUGCUAAAGGGGCCUUCUGAGGCAGAGGGAAAGAAUCCCAUUUGCCUCUGUAACUGGCUACAGGCUUUUAGGCAGGAACCAUCCACAGCCACACGAAGGUGUGUAGGUGGACAGGGGCACCUCCAGGCUCCCAGACAAGUGUUUCUUCCUUGUAGCCCAAGGGAAAAGUUUCAGAGAGGAAGUUUAUCAGCCGUAUCCUGUCGUCCUCCCCCUCCCCCUCCCUCUCCCCUCCCCUUCCCCCUCCAUGGAAGAGGGAGCACAGGCUAGAGGAACUUAUCAGAAUAUAUGUCAUAUCCUGAGAGGAAAAAGUUGUAAGAGUUGUGAAAGCAAAUAUAGCUCAAAAAGAUUAAUGUACAUGUAGGAAAAUCGGACAGGAAGUAGACAGGUGAAUCAAUGCUUAGAAAAGCAAGAUGCAUAAUAGUUUGGAUCCAUGUGAACAUGUACCAGGUGAGUGACUGUAGCCCAAGGCCUUCCACACAGAGCCCUCUUUCUGCAUAGAUAAUUCCAGGUCCCCCCAGAAAGGAUUCUGAAGAGACUCCCAUUUUACUACAAGAAUAUAUAUAUAUUAUCUGAGACCAGAAUAAACCAAGGAAUAUUUGUGAGUGUAGAAUUUCUCUUCCUCGGUCCUCACAAAUCACCUUUCCUUAAAUUAGGAAUACUGUCAGUCCUGCUCAAGAAAUCACAACCCCUCUGAAAAUUUGAGUGUGUUGUACAAACAUUUUCAAAAUAUUGUUAGGUUUUGCAAACUGUCUAAAAUAAUUACCUGUAACAUUUAUUUGAUUGUUAUGCCUUCAUCAGUAUCAGAACCAAAUAACUUUUCUGAAGGUCAGGGUAAAGGCAAUUAUCCAAUGGCAAGUGAUAAUCUGUUGCUAUCUAAUAUUAAUCUCCCAGUCCUACUUUGGAGCCAAAGUCA